GUAAGACUAGUAGUGUAAACUAGUGUGCCCUCACAGCUUUGUUCCUGUUUCUCUCGACAACAACACAGUGGAGCAGGAAUAUGAAGUUGCUGGAGCUGGGGGACUCUAUCAGUCGCUUCAGGUUUGCCCAGUCCUGCGUGGGCUUGGCCGGUUGUCUGUGUGUCUGCUAUGCAGUCUGCACUCCGCUGUGGCUGAAGGAGAGGGGACUCUGGACCAGGUGGAAUAACACUAAAAGUGACCAGACAAACCGUGAAGAAGACAUCGUCUUCAAAGUGCUGGAAGCAGAGAGAGUGUUUGGAGUUCUCUCCUUCCUCAUGGCUGUGUGCACUGGUGCUCUGUGUCUGGUGUUUGCCCUCUGCUGGAACUCUGAGACGGUGCGCUCCUACGCCAACACGCGCGCUCUCCUCAUGGCAGGACAAGCCCUGUACCCCUCCACACUGCUGCUGCUCACCAUGGCCUGCACAGGAUUCUUUUUCCUCCUCAGCUGGUCUCUUUUCACCUAUCAGCACCGGAAUGAAAUUCGCCAAGACUUGUCCAGCCUCGGCUCCUCCUAUUGGCUCGGAGCUUUAGGCUGGGUCCUGCUGUUGGUCGUGGAGAUGAUAGUUUUUAUAGCUGAGCAAGUUGUUGUGCCUGACAUCCUGCCGGACUUAGAGAAGGACGUGGAGUCGUGGCGGAUGUCCUUUCAACUUAAGGUGGCGAAACGCUCUUUUUGUGAUGGUUAUUACCCUGGUAACAGCAAAAGAAACAUGGAUCCCAUGAGCCUUGAUGUGAGUGGAGAAGAAAGGACAUGACCGAGGAAAAGACAUUAAACACACAGACUCAAUGAUUCAAUUCCUCGCUGCUUAAUAGCUCUGUACUGCACAACUAUACUGAUUACUGUAUGGUAGAGGAAUGAAGUCUGAAUCCUGAAAGAACGUCUAAAGCUUCACAAAGACCUGACGGCCCUUCUCCAGUUUGUUAUCAGUGAGGACUGAAAUUCAAUUAAAACGCAUUUAAGACCAAUACUGUUGGCUGAGAAACUGGGAACCAAAUGCAAGGUGACAACUGUGUUUUUAUAAAGUGAAUGAGACUGUUUCCUUGCAAAAUUUAGAAAUUUCAUAAAGCUUUGUCCAGGAACAGAUCCA